AUGGCGGAGGAUCUUUUUGAGGAUGAUUUGAUCGCCGGCGAGUUCAGCUUUGACGAUGUCUUCGAGAUGGAUAAGGAUGCCGCAAAGUCGUACGGGAAGAAGAUGCCUGAGGUGCUCCUUCAGGAGAUUGACAUGGCUGUCAAGAAGGCCAUUGCGAAGGUUGGCAUGUAA